AUGGCUAGAGCAGAUAUUGGCACUUCUAAGUACGAAGCCAAAAGAUUGAAAGCAAGUGGACUACAAAAGCUAAAAUAUUACUGUCAAAUAUGUUCAAAACAAUGUCGAGAUUCAAAUGGAUUUAAAAACCACCUACAAUCAAAGUCUCAUCUAGGUCGAAUAUCCAACUUGCAAUCGAGUGGGGAAUCUAGUAGCAUAGUAUCUUCCUACUCCCAUCAAUUUCAGACUGAUUUUUUGAACCUAUUACGCGUGAACCACGGCACCAAAUCAAUCAAUGCCAAUAGAUUUUAUCAAGAGUAUAUUCGACAACGUGACCAUGUACACAUGAAUGUAACUCGAUGGAAAAGUUUGACCUCAUUUGUUAAGCAUUUGGGCCAAAACGGGCUUGUUAAAGUAACUCAAACUGAUGAAAGUGGGGAGAAUAGUGAGAUGGAUAGUGAAGGGUUCAACUUGGAGAUUAGGCUAAUUGAUUCGCAAGAAAUUCAAAGGUUGAAGAAUAAGGAAGACGAGGAGUAUUUAAGAGCCGAUAAUGAAAUAAAUGACAGGUUUAUACGAAAGCAGAUAAAACGUGGACAAGAAUUGGAGAUAAAAAAGCAGAAGGAAACGGCUCUUGAUGAUGACUUAGCUAAAGUUACAAAUAAGGCAGAAAUUCAUUGUGAAUCUAUUGAAAGAGUAGCAGCUCCAAUCAGAUUAAGUGUCAAGAAGAAGCCGGUAGGUAAAUUGAAAUCAGCAUUUAACGAUGAUAGUGAUUGA